GACAGUGAAGUGUCAGACUUUGAGCCUGCACCAGGGCUUGAGAGCAGUAUGGAGGGCGAGAAUGCACCAGUGUACUGCAUUUGUCGAAAACCUGACAUCAAUUGCUUCAUGAUGUGAGUUUAAUCAGAUGAUCAUAACAGCAACACCUUCAACACAAGUAAUCAUAACAUGACCUUGAAACAUUCCAUAACCUUGAUUUCAUGGGGCUCAUAUCUGUGUUUUUCUUGUAGUGGUUGUGACAACUGUAAUGAGUGGUUUCAUGGUAACUGCAUCAAUCUCACAGAGAAGAUGGCCAAAGCUAUCAGGCAGUGGUACUGCCUGCGAUGCCGAGGUGAGGUUUUAAUGGUUUCCCAUUCACUAUCAUCCACAUGGGUACUUGUCACAUGCGCUUACUAAUCUUACAAUGUCUGUUACUUUUGAUUAGACAAAAACCCAUCAUUGGAGAUAAAAUACCGUCCAAAGAAGAGCCGUGAAAAAGAGGCAGAGGGCCAGAGAGAGCCAGAGAGAAGAUUUGAAAGACAGAACAGCACUCCAGAUUAUAAAUCUGAAAGGCGCCGUGGAUCUAAGGUUAGUUAUUUUACAUCUAAACGUUAUGUCCCCAUUUUCCUUCAAUGUAUCUCUAAAAUUGUGCGUCUUUGGAACUACUCUGUUGGCAAACAUAUCUUUGUCUCUUUUGUGUUUGUCUCAGGUUAAGCGCUCUGCUCGUAUGUGUGGGGAGUGUGAGCCCUGCUUGAGGACUGAGGACUGCGCCACAUGCGACUUCUGCAAGGACAUGAAGAAAUUUGGGGGUCCCAACAAAAUAAGACAGAAGUGUCGAUUUAGGCAGUGUGAUGUCCGAGCCAGGGUGAGUUUCCUAAUGAGACUAUUCCAUCUAUUUUUCUGCUAACAUCUUUUCAACUGGUGUAGUCAAAAAAACAUGUAGUCUUGCAAACGGUGAAACAAUGCCUCGUAUUCUCUGCAGAAAAUGUUGCGUGUAAAGGAUGAAGAGUUUAAUUUGCGUGAAAGGCGGGAUAAUUCCUACCACCGGCGAAGACGAUAUUCAGACGACUACGAUAGUGAGGCAGAACUCUAUGAAAAGUACAAGGCAGCGGGAUACGACGACAACAUGGUAUUGCAAUAGUCUUCAGCCAUGUUUCUCAUUCAUCUAUCAAGAACUAUUUGAAACACAUUCAAAAUACACACAGAUCCUUAUUAUUGUCCUACUGUUGCACUUACACUCCCAUAUCCACUUGUUCUUUAGCUUGAAUAGCCCUUUUUCAAGUAUUUUGAAUCUGUUCAUCUUAUUGUUUCUGUUCAACCCAGCCAUGGCUCAGUGAUGAGGAUGACGGGCCUCCCUUCAGCCCUGUCCUGCGAAAGAAAGCUGUGAAGGUCAAGCAUGUGAAGAGACGGGAAAAUAAAUUUGACAAGAAAGUAAGCUAACUUUAUUUUUUACAUCUUGCAGACACACAAUGAUUAUUGUAAAUUUUUAUCCAUGCAGUUGCAGUCCACAUCUACCAAAUAUUUGAAGCUUUUAGCUUUUUUUUAUUGCAUCAUGGGAAUAUUACUAUUGACAGAAUUCAUAAGUACAAUGAUUUUACAUGUUAAUGUGUGCAAUGCGAUUUGUUUUUGUGAAUGCACAUCAGAAAGAGUCACGGCGGCACAAACAGAAGCAGAAGCACAAGGACAAAGUCAGGCACAGCGAUAGGGGCGAUGCCAGGGAUGGAGGAGGGCAGCGACAGUGCCUCGGGCCCAGCUGUGUGGAAGCUGCACGAGCCAACUCCAAAUACUGCUCAGAGGAAUGUGGCAUGAAGCUGGCUACAAAGUAAGCGCACAAACACCAAAACUACAACCCUGACACAUGCAACUGUAAGAAAGUUAAUCAACUGUAAAAUACUUUGUCUCUGUAGCCGGCUCUAUGAGAUCCUCCCUCAACGUAUCCAGCAGUGGCAGCAGAGCCCCUGCAUCGCUGAGGAGCAGGGCAAGAAGCAACUGGAGCGGAUCCGAAGGGAUCAGCAGAAUGCACGCAUGCGUCUCACCGACAUGGAGAAACGCUUCCACGAGCUGGAGGGCAUCAUUGCUAAGGCCAAGCAGCAGGUAGUCCAGCAGGAUGAGGAGGUGAGUCACUUUAGUAUGUUUAAAUAAAAUAAAUAAAAUAAAUUGGUCAUUUAGCAGACGCUCUUAUCCAGAGCGACUUACAGGAGCAAUUUAGGGUUAAGUGCCUUGCUCAAGGGCACAUCGACAGAUUUUUCACCUAGUCGGCUCGGGGAUUAGAACCAGCGACCUUUCGGUUACUGGCACAACGCUCUUACCCACUAAGCUACCUGCCGCCCGUUUACUUUUUAUUGGCCACUGUGGUAUUUAUCCAGUGGGGUCAGAGCUCCUCGGCUAGAGAAAUGUUUUGCCCGUUCAAGCCUGUGUUCAAAUCUUUCAGGUGCUUCCUGGGUGAAACAUUGUUUUGAAAUGUUUUUCUUUUGGUUCUCGUUUCAGACGAAUGAAGGGGACAAUGAGGAAACAGACCUGCUGAUUUUCUGUGUGUCCUGCAGUCACCCUAUCAACCCAAAGGUGGCACUGCGACAUAUGGAGAGGUGUUAUGCUAAGGUGAGCCUGUGGAUGUUGAUCCAAAAUUCUUACUUUUUAUCCAGCCUAUAUGUCAAACCCAAAAAUGCUUUAGCGUAUCCUUCCUUUAACACCUUCCCUCUAACUCAGUUAGCUUAGCGCAACAGGGUUUCAGACUGCAGACAUUUUCUUGUACACGGUAAGACAGAGACUUCCUAUUUAGUUCUCUGAUCUUGGUUGUGACAGUUUGUGGUAUACAUCCAGAGUGCAGUGGCUGAUAAGUGUCUGCAACAUCCUAUAUGGGGAGAGGAUGACAUGUACAGAAUUAAACUUAAUAUAGAGUACUAGCAAUACGAAUAUAUGUUGCCAAUAUGCACUUCUGAUAAUAUUCUGAUAUAUACUCUCGCUCUUUUUUGCAUUGACAGUAUGAGAGCCAGACAUCUUUCGGUUCCAUGUACCCAACAAAGAUCGAAGGGUAAGAGUCAAGCACUUUGAAUGGGUUUGCUAGAAGUGAACAAGUUUUUUUGUUUCCAUAUUGUUUCACCACGGUAGUCUAUGUACCUUUUGUAUUCUCAGAGCAACAAGACUCUUCUGCGACGUGUACAACCCCCAGAGCAAGACCUACUGCAAGAGGCUUCAGGUCUUGUGCCCAGAACAUUCCAGGGACCCAAAGGUCAGUGAUGAUUGGGAAGUCAAAUGCAAAAAACGUUGCCAAUAAAGCACACUAAUUGUCCUGCUGUAUGACUUAUGAUGUAUAAUCUUGGCUUCUCUUGCCCUUAUCUUGUUUUGUGGUUAGGUCCCAGGGGAUGAGGUGUGCGGCUGUCCUCUGGUCCGUAAUGUGUUUGAGGCAACAGGCGAAUACUGCAGGGUUUCUAAACGCAAAUGUAAUAAGCACUACAACUGGGAGAAGCUCAGGAGAGCUGAGGUGGACCUGGAGCGUGUCAGAGUGGUUAGUAGUGGAAUGCACCACAUCAAUCUCUUAUUUUGGGCCACUUUGUCAGGGUUGUGGCAUGUCUUGUGGGGGUAUGCAUGGUUGUCCGAGCUGUGCGCCAGCAGCUCAAACAGACAGCUUGGUGCACUCAACAUGUCAAUACGUCUCAUAAAUACAAGUAGUGAUUGUUAACUCAAAAUGACACAACGACUAGGUUCCAGUUUAACAACGUUUACUUCACUGUAUUUCCACAGUACACAGUUGCCAUUGCACUCAGGCCAGGUCCAUCAACAGAGAGACUACCGCGCAGGCGUACUCAUAAGAGGGAAGGCACCGUAAUAACAGAAAUCUAGGGAUACUUAAAACAUGAACUUAACAGUGAUGAAGUCAAUCUCUCCUCCACUUUGAGCCAGGAGAGAUUUAACAUGCAUAUUAUUAAUAUUAGCUCUCUGUGUACAUCCAAUAGCCAGCCAUGCUGCCCUGUUCUGAGCCAAUAACAAUUUUCCUAAGUCCCUUUUUGUGGCACCUGACCACACGACUGAACAGUAGUCCAGGUGCGACAAAAUUCCUGAUUCUACCUGGAUUAUGUUGGAGAGGCUUCCAUUAGACAGGUACAGUGCCUUGCAAGUAUUCAUCCCCCUUGGCAUUUUUCUUAUUUUGUUGCAUUACAACCUGUAAUUUAAAUGGAUUUAUAUUUGGAUUUCAUGUAAUGGACAUACACAAAAUAGUCCAAAUUGGUGAAGUGAAAUGAAAAAAAUAACUUGUUAAAAAAAAAUCUAAAAAAUAAAUAACGGAAAAGUGGUGCGUGCAUAUGAAUUCACCCCCUUUGCUAUGAAGCCCCUAAAUAAGAUCUGGUGCAACCAAUUACCUUCAUAUGUCACAUAAUUAGUUAAAUAAAGUCCACCUGUGUGCAAUCUAAGUGUCACAUGAUCUGUCACAUCAUCUCAGUGUAUAUAUAUACACCUGUUCUGAAAGGCCCCAGAGUCUGCAACACCACUAAGCAAGGGGCACCACCAAGCAAACGGCACCAUAAAGGCCAAGGAGCUCUCCAAACAGGUCAGGGACAAAGUUGUGGAGAAGUACAGAUCAGGGUUGGGUUAUAAAAAAAUAUCCGAAACGUUGAACAUCCCACGGAGCACCAUUAAAUCCAUUAUUAAAAAAUGGAAAGAAUAUUCCACCACAACAAACCUGCCAAGAGAGGGCUGCCCACCAAAACUCACAGACCAGGCAAGGAGGGCAUUAAUCAGAGAGGCAACAAAGAGACCAAAGAUAACCAUGAAGGAGCUGCAAAGCUCCACAGUAUUUGUCCAUAGGACAACUUUAAGCCGUACACUCCACAGAGCUGGGCUUUACAGAAGAGUGGCCAGAAAAAAGCCAUUGCUUUAAAAAAAAAAAAUGCAUGUGGGAGACUCCCCAAACAUAUGGAAGAAGGUACUCUGGUCAGAUCAGACAAAAAUUGAACUUUUUGGCCAUCAAGGAAAACGCUAUGUCUGGCGCAAACCCAACACCUCUCAUCACCCCGAGAACACACCAGCAUGGUGGUGGCAGCAUGUUGUGGGGAUGUUUUUCAUCGGCAGGCACUGGGAAACUGGUCAGAAUUGAAGGAAUGAUGGAUGGCGCUAAAUACAGGGAAAUUCUUGAGGGAAACCUGUUUCAGUCUUCCAGAGAUUUGAGAAGGUUCACCUUCCAGCAAGACAAUAAGCAUACUGCUAAAGCAACACUCGAGUGGUUUAAGGGAAACAUUUAAAUGUCUUGGAAUGGCUUAGUCAAAGCCCAGAAUGAGCUGGAGCAGUUUUUCCUUGAAGAAUGGGCAAAAAUCCCAUUCUUGCCAAUAAAAAAAUAAUUUAAGUAGUUGGCAAUAUCAGUUUUUGUGAUGAAUGAGCCAUCUGGUUCAAUGAGUGAUGGAGCUGAGUUUGCCUUUUUCCCCAAAAUUCCUUUUUAAGCUUUUUACUAUCAUUCUUUGUCAUUUAUCUUUGAUUCAUAGUGUAGUUUCUUCUUUUUAUUCAGUUUAGUCACAUGAUUUCUCAAUUUAUUAUACGUUUGCCAAUCGGUUGUGCAGCCAGACUUAUUUGCCAUUCCUUUUGCCUCAACCCUCUCAACCAUACCAUUUUUCAAUUCCUCAUCGAUCCAUAGGGAUUUAACAGUUUUUAGUCAUUUUCUUAAUGGGUGCAUGCUUAUUAGUAACUGGAAUAAGCAAUUUCAUAAAUGUGUCAAGUGCAGCGUCUGUUUGCUCCUCAUUACACACCACGGACCAACAAAUAUUCUUUACAUCAACAACAUAGGAAUCACUACAAAACUUAUUGUAUGACCUCUUAUACACUAUAUUAGGCCCAGCCUUUGGAACUUUUGUUUUUCCUAGAUAUGGCUAAUAUAUUGUGAUCACGACAUCUAAUGGAUCUGGAUACUGCUUUCAAGCACAUUUCUGCAGCAUGAGUAAAUAUGUGAUCAAUACAUGUUGAUGAUUUCAUUCCUGUGAUGUUUGUAACUACCCUGGUAGGUUGACUGAUAACCUGAACCAGGUUGCAGGCGCUGGUUACAGUUUGAAGCUUUUUCUUGAGUGGGCAGCUUGAUGAAAGCCAUUCAAUAUUUAAGUCACCCAGAAAAUAUACUUCUCUGUUGAUAUCACAUGCAUUUCAGAAAGAUCCCAGAAUUCCAGUGAUUUUUAGCUAACGUGAAAAGAAAUUGACUAAGACCCUGGUUAUAACAAACAUAUUAUUGGCCAUCAUAAAUGGUAGUUGAUAUGAAUUAUGAAAGUGAGUUAGACAGUUGAUUUUCAAAGAGUUUUGGUAUAUUAAUCAUUACCCCUUGCUUUUCUCCCAAAAAUGUAUUUGUGAACAGUGGUACAAGCUGGACGAGCUCUUUGAGCAGGAGCGCAACGUCAGGACUGCUAUGACCAACAGGGCUGGUCUACUUGCUCUCAUGCUGCACCAAACCAUUCAGCACGACCCCCUGACAACGGAUCUCCGUUGCAACAAGGACAGAUAGCCAGCUGCAUCUUCAUGUUAUUUCUGAGUGGCAUUUUCGUACAUUUAUGUUAGAUUUAUAGUAUAUAUAUUAGAUUUAGAAUAUAAUCCUUUAUCUUUUUGUAGAGACUUUGGAUUUUAAGACUUUUGUGCUGAAGUUGAAAAACUGAAAUAUUUGAAUGGUAAAUGAAUAUAUAUUUUCCUUGUGUCCAGCACUAUCGCUGUCUUGUAUCUCGCUCAUUAUAGUCCAAAAAUAAAG